AAACUGAAUGAAAUUUUGGACAAGGCAAAUGUAGUUACAGGGCUUGCAGGAACACUUGUUGGUACUGUCAGCAACCUCCUGAAUGCCUCUGCUGAUGUUCUGGCUUCUUCUUCCACAAGAAUGGUACAAAGCGUGGACAAGAUUGGUCUCCGACUCAAUUUCUCAGCAGACUCCGUAAAGCUCACCUCAACAUCAUUGGCUCUAGCUGUGACUAAGGUCAAUGUGAUGGGCUUCAGUGGGGCUAAUUUCAGCAUCAGCAAUAUCACAGACCUCCAGGUCUCUCUGGGUGAAGAGUCUCCCCAGAUCAAUUAUGCUGCUAUUCAGCUUCCAAACUCUCUGCUGACCAAUCUCCAAACUGAGGAGGUGGAUCUAGCUUCCAGAAUUCAGUUCUCAUUCUAUGAAAAAAAUACAGUCUUCCAGGAUGCUAGUCUUUCAGAAACAUCUAUCUUGAACAGUUAUAUCAUUGCGUCCAGUGUAGCGAACCUCAGUGUCCAGAACUUGGUGAAUCCAGUCAGAGUCACAUUGAGAAACCUUCAGUUCAAUGAGAAUAAUUCUGACGUCCAAUGUGUUUUCUGGGACUUUGAUAAAAAUAGUGGACAGGGUGGAUGGAGUGCGGAUGGCUGCACAGUGGCUCAGAAAACUGUCAAUCAGACAACAUGUGAAUGCCAUCACCUCACAAAUUUUGCUGUCUUAUUGGAUCUUUCCAGAAGCGGUAGUGAUGACCAAAUCCUCACUUUCAUUACAUACAUAGGCAGUGGCAUUUCAGCUCUUUUCCUGUCAGUCACUCUGGUGACGUACAUUUUCUUUGAAAAACUCCGCAGAGAUUAUCCCUCUAAAAUCCUAAUAAACCUUUGCACUGCCUUGCUGUUCCUGAAUAUGGUAUUCCUCAUUGAUUCCUGGAUUUCUGCCUAUGAGGUCAACGGCCUAUGCAUUGCAGUGGCUGUCUUCCUUCAUUAUUUCCUUUUGGCUUCCUUCACUUGGAUGAGCCUUGAGGCCUUCCACAUGUACCUGGCCCUGGUCAAAGUAUUUAAUACUUAUGUGCGCAAAUACAUGCUGAAGUUCUGCAUUGCUGGUUGGGGCAUUCCUGCUGUGGUGGUUGCCAUUGUGCUCAUUAUUGGCCCAGACAACUAUGGAUUUGGAAAAUAUGGAAAAAGAACAGAGGACACCUGGGAUGUUUUCUGCUGGAUCAAAAAUGAUAUUGUGUUUUAUGUAGCUGUGGUGGCCUAUUUCUGUCUGAUGUUCCUGGUGAACAUCAGUAUGUUCAUUGUAGUCAUGAUCCAGCUCUGUCGAAUAAAACAGAACAAACAGCAUCAGCAUGUGCAGAGGAAUGUUUUCCGAGACAUAAAGAGUGUGGCUGGCCUCACCUUUUUAUUGGGAAUCACCUGGGGCUUUGCCUUCUUUGCAUGGGGGCCUGUCAACCAAGCAUUUACGUAUGUCUUUACCAUCUUCAAUAGUCUCCAAGGAUUUUUUAUCUUUGUUUUUCACUGUGUGGCUAAAGAAACUGUUCGGAAGCAAUGGCGAACGUAUUUGUGCUGUGGCAAAUACAGAUUGCCUGAAAAUUCAGAAUGGAGCAGAACAGCUACAAAUAACACAAAAAAACUGCAGCCUAUUGUCCAUGCGAUGUCAUUGUCCUCUGCUUCCAACAACUCGUUGCACUCCAGUUCCACCAACUCCUCCAUGAUUCAAAUCCGAGAAUAUUCCUCUCACCCCAAUAUGUACGGGAAUAUCGAUGCUGAGACCAACAAAGUAUCUUCCAAGGUCUCGAGAAGAAUUGCGCUUCUCCAUGAACCUUCAAGCAGAUAGCAGCUGUUGGAAAUGAGGAAUGGACUGAACUUUACACAAGAUCACCUUUUUCAAAGGACAUUAACUCAACAAGGCAGCAUUCCAAAUCUAGAAAUAGCACCAUACUUUUAUAUUUUUUGAAAGGAACAAAUAAAUUAUAUUGAUGUGCACAACCUAAUAUAAUAUUGGGUUAGGGUUAGUAAGAUAGAUUAGGGUUGGCCAAGCUUGCGGCCUGAGUGACUAUUAUAUGUACGAGUAAUGCAACCCAUGGGCUGUAAGUUGGUCGUCCCUGACAUAGAUAAUAAGCACAAUGAGACAGUAGAGCUCUCUUAUAGUUCAUUCAAUUCAUUCAAAUGUAAAGGAUGAACUUGAGUACUGGAGAAAUGCCGGUUUACACUUAGGAUACAAUGGGGUUGAGCAGUGCAAUCUGAAAGCAAAUUAUGCUGGAGUUUGCUUGUCUGAUCUCAUCUUGUGCAGGUUUGUUUGCAGCAGCAUGUCACUUCAUGCCACUGUAGUUUAAAGCAAGAAGUAAGUCAAUUCAGGCUUCCUCAGAAAUGGUUUCUUAAGAACCCCCCAAGGAACAUCAAAAACCCAAUGUUGGAUAUCGGAGACCAACACACGAACUUCUGUGCGAAUGCACAGAUUUCUCCUCAGCCCUCCCUGACCAGUACAAUUAGGAGAGUGAAGUAUAAAUUGGGUUUAGUACUUCUUGUCUCUUCACCAUACAUUGCUUCACUUGUAGCAGCAUAAACUAAGCACUGGCCUAAUUUAUGGUGUUUCUAAGAAAUUUAAUCUUCCUCUUGAUUUUUUUCUGUCUUGCAUAAUAUCUCAGAACACAGUGCUAGGGUUGGAUGCUGAGCAGGUAGGAAGGGAGAGGGUUUGGUAACCAUAGGGGCAGUUGAAGAGAUAGGUUUUAAGGUGGGAUUUAAAGAUAGGUGGAGAGGGGAUAAAACAGCAGGAUAGAGGCAGGAAAUUCCAGAGGUUUCCCCCCAAAUUCAAAUUUAUUAACCACUCAUCUCAUUGUAGGUAAAGUUGAUGGCUUAGAUUGAUUGCAAUGAUGCCUGUAUACCAGCUUUAAUUUUAUUCAAUCAUAUUUUGUAAUGCGCUUCAGUAUGUGUAUUAUACAUGAAAGGCUCUAUAUAAAUGCAGGCUCUUAUUUCUCAAUGGGAUUCCUAUGUAAGGAAUUGGACCGUGCAAGUGGGGUAUUCCUGGUAACCAGCAAUAUAGCAUGCUGUGAGCUCCAAUUUGGCAGGUCAACAUUCAGAGUGGAAUGCCUGCAGGUCAAUGGAAAAUCUAAUGAGUUCAUUAUUAAGGAAUCCCAUUAAGGAAUACUGCAAAUUAGACCCCUUGUCCACUUGAAGUUCUGUGAUAGAAAUACACAUGGCCUACAUGAGUGCAAAUAAAAUGGACGGUUACGUUUUGUGGAAUGCAAUCUGUGACAAUUGUAAACUUAUUUCAUUCGGAAAAGCAAAACACUUUAACUGUUAAAUAGUUGUAUUUUGUCCAUAAAAUUGAAUGCUUUAUGAUGA